AUGGCGGGAUCCGCUGCCGGCGCCAAGGGUCGCGGUGGUCGACCCAUUUUAACGCUGGCCGGCCAAUGGGAACGCGCGUCUGAUAACGUACCGAACGCUACGCGCUGCGCGUGGUCAGCAAAGGAUCGAUGCUGGAUCUUGGUGGCAGGACGGCUGGCUGCGCUGCACGACGAUGGCCGUCUCCGCAGUGAUGGUGGACAGCCGGCGCCGGCAAAGCCCCGUUGCGAGGCUUGUCUCGCCGCGUGGGUUGCUGCGCCCAGUUGCAGCGUGGUUGAAGCGAAGGCCCAGCCGGCAAUUCGUCAGCGAGUUUCGUUGUCGGCGUUUCCCCGCCGUUUUGCGCGGUUUCCCGCGCAUUUCAACUCGGCGCCGAGUCAGCGGAAUCAGCUACGUGUGACGUCGCGCAAAACGUCUGAGCCAAAGCGCGCGCGUGACGCACAGCGCCGACCCAAUCGCGCGCGCUGCUUGGGGCCGCGCAGGGCGCUCAUUGGUGUAUGCGGCUCCCGGCGCAGUUUUGACCGCCGAUCUUGCCUCACAACAGCAGCGAGCUCAAUUGAGGCCGGACCUGCUUCCACGCUUUCCCUCCAGCGGCGCGCAAUGCUGCUCGAGCGCGAGCACGACCAUUAUCGUAACGGGUGCGAUAGUGCGGAUGGCUUCGCUUUUACGCCGCUUUGCCCGCGACUGGCAAAUGUGGAAAAAGCCUCGCGUGGACCGCAGGACGAGGCUCCGCUCGCACAACACGGCUCGGUUUUUCCAUCUCUUGCCGUGGCGACAAUGUGCAUACGCUGCGCUCGAAUGCUCAUACACUGUGCAUACAAGUGGUGGCAUCGCCGGCAAAGCCGCCAUGAGUCAACUGGCGAGGCUCCAUUUGACACAUGA